CUGGAGCUGAGGAAGGUGCAGGAAAUGCUGGUGGUCUCAUUCUGCACGUGGGAUUGUUUUCUUCCUCCAUCAGAUCCCUGUGAGAUCUGCAGCAGUAUGUUCUCAAACAACGAUGAAGCUGCAAUCAACAAAAAACUGCCCAAAGAGCUGCUGCUUCGAAUUUUCUCUUUCCUGGAUGUGGUCACUCUGUGUCGUUGUGCUCAAGUUUCCAGGGCAUGGAAUGUUCUGGCCCUGGAUGGCAGUAACUGGCAGCGAAUUGACCUGUUUGAUUUCCAGAGGGAUAUUGAGGGCCGAGUGGUGGAGAACAUUUCCAAGAGAUGUGGGGGAUUCCUGCGGAAGCUGAGCCUGCGGGGCUGCCUGGGAGUGGGGGACAACGCCUUAAGGACCUUUGCCCAGAACUGCAGGAACAUCGAGGUGCUGAACCUCAAUGGUUGUACCAAGAUCACGGAUAUCACCUGCACCAACCUCAGCAAGUUCUGCUCCAAACUCAGGCACCUGGAUUUGGCUUCCUGCACCUCCAUCACCAACCUGUCCCUGAAAGCACUGAGUGAGGGAUGCCCGCUGCUGGAACAGCUCAUCAUCUCCUGGUGCGACCAAGUGACCAAGGACGGGAUCCAGGCGCUGGUGCGGGGCUGCGGGGGGCUGCGGGCCCUGUCCCUCAAGGGCUGCACCCAGCUGGAGGACGAGGCUCUCAAGGAAAUCCUGCCGGGAUUGAGGCUGUUGUGGUUUCCUUGGCAGCAAAUCACGGACGACGGGCUCAUCACCAUCUGCAGGGGCUGCCACAAGCUGCAGUCCCUGUGUGCUUCCGGCUGCUCCAACAUCACCGACGCCAUCCUCAACGCCCUGGGACAGAAUUGCCCACGCCUCCGAAUAUUGGAAGUGGCGAGGUGUUCCCAGCUGACCGACGUGGGCUUCACCACCCUGGCCAGGAAUUGCCAUGAGCUUGAAAAAAUGGAUCUGGAGGAGUGUGUCCAGAUAACAGACAGCACGCUAAUCCAGCUUUCCAUACACUGUCCACGGCUGCAGGUCCUGAGUUUAUCCCACUGCGAGCUGAUCACGGACGACGGGAUCCGUCACCUGGGGAAUGGCGCCUGCGCCCACGACCGGCUGGAGGUGAUUGAGCUGGACAACUGCCCCCUGAUCACCGACGCCUCCUUGGAGCACCUCAAGAGCUGCCACAGCCUGGAGAGGAUAGAACUGUACGACUGCCAGCAGAUCACGAGGGCCGGCAUCAAGAGACUCAGGACCCACCUGCCCAACAUCAAAGUCCACGCCUACUUCGCCCCGGUGACCCCCCCGCCCUCGGUGGGCGGCAGCCGACAGCGCUUCUGCAGAUGCUGCAUCAUCCUAUGACACUGGAAGCUGCUCCCGGCCAGCGGGGCUGGAACCACGCCCGUGCCAUCCCGGGAGACACCAGCGAUCCCAGUGUCAUCUGCCAGGGCCAGCGAGCGGGGCCGGGGUGCCCUGUAGCCACCCACACCCCCCCUGUGAUCCCACCCGGCCCGGCGGGGUGAGCCACCCGCCACGGGAGCUGCGCCACGUUUCCCCGGCUGGAUCGGCCUGAUCCUGAACCAUUCCUGCUGGGAAUAACCCGGGGAAAACCCCGUGGGAAGGAGGGGAGGGAGCCCAGCCUGCAGGGACUGAUGCUGCUGGUGAGGUUGGAAAAGGAGCCGAGGUCCUUGGGAGUGGGGAGAGGAGAGGAACACGCUUUAACCCCGCAGUUGUGCGGGGGGAAAAACAACCCCAACAAACCUGGAAACCCCAACAAGGUCUGUGUCCCUUUGUCAGGGAGGGAGUGAAACAGCAGCUGCUGAGCCAGGAUCUACCUGGGAUCCAGGAUUUAUCAGGGAUCCAGGGUUUACCUGGGAUCCAGGGUUUACCUGGGAUCCAGGAUUUA